CUCCCAACUCCUUGCACUAACGUCUUUAUUCACCUCUUCAAUUCCACAUCAUUGCAAGUGAUUUAUCGCAAUGGCCGAUUCCAACCAGUCCGGCACCAUCGCGCGGGCCACCAAGCCCGUCAGCGAGGCUCUGCUUAACGAGAAGUGGGACCGCGCCAUCUCCUCCGUGAUCAUCAAGUCCUCCCUCGGUCUAUCUUUCGGUGUCGUCUUCUCCGUUCUCCUAUUCAAGCGCAGAGCUUGGCCCGCAUGGAUUGGUCUCGGCUUCGGUGCAGGUCGUGCUUGGGAAGAGGCUGAUGCCUCCUUCCGCCGUGGUGACUCUCCUAUCAGAGAUGCUCUUCGCCGGUAAAGAUGAGACCCCAUCGUGUACGAUAUAUUGUACAGAAAGGGCGAGACCAUCGGCAGAUGGUUGUUCAGCCUAGAGAAGAACUGCUAUAACGGCAUCCACUAAGCGCGCCGUCGGUAUCCUGCGAGGUGUUCGUUUGAUUUAUUGUGCUCCUGAAUUAGAUGAAACAUGAUCGGUCGAAUUGGAGACGUGUUCAUCCUGGCAAAAGCCUUCACCUUCAAUAUAUUUCCUUUGCGUAACUCCAACACGGACUCCAUUUUAUUGAGUGGCUAGAAAGGAAGCAGAUAUGUAAUAAUGGGUAAUGAAUGCCUCACGCGCAAGUGAUGUAGGGAAGCAUUCAGCAAUGUCAUCCGAG